CGGGGUGACGAAAGAGAAGCGGAACUAAGUCCCGCCGGAAUUUUGUGUUCCCCUCGGGACGGUGUCGCGGUAACACCGGUCCACUUCCGGGUUGCGCCCGAUGUCACAAUAACAGCGCUAAUGACAGAUUGACAUCUGGUGUGGGGAGUUUGAUGUGGCGAUCUGUGAGAGGAUUAUGGAGGCGGAGUAACCACAUAAAAAGAGAAGUGCAGAGACCAUGCAGGGGUGAUUCUUUUUGGUCGUUCGUUCUCCCGGCUAUUCUUCCUGGUUGGCUUGCCCCCGUGUGUGGUUCUUCUCUUUAGACGUGUUCCCCUAGGAGAGGUGAAUUCCUGGGACGUUUGGGCUGGCGUGUGGAGGUAUUUGAGGACUAUUGUGGGGUUUCGGCUAUCUGGCUGUGCAACAGAUAUAUCAGCGAUCGAGUGGAGAUAUUCAGGACAGAAAGAGUGUGAGUUCUGGAAAGCAAGUGAAGACUAGACCGCGCCAUCGCUAUCGGAGGGAAGUUAAGAGACCUGAUCUGGGAUUUCGAUCAAUUGUAUACAUCUGGACUGGGAGUGAUAACGUUGUGAAGUGGACGGAGUCAUCGUUGGGUGAGUGCUGGCUCUAUUUGCACUAAGAGUGGGUGUGCCGUGUCUGAAGUGGUGUGUUUGCACAAUAAAUCGUUUGAAGUGAAGUUACAGAGUGUGGGGAAGAUAUAUAGAGUUAAUGCCGGACGCUCACCACCCCGAGAGCCCACCACCGUCACCGUAAUCCACACCCAGGCACUCAACUGAAGCAUCUCCCAGCCGUAAGCCCCAUUGCUUAUUCAAGAACACAUACAUGCUGUUGAUUACUUACCCCGCUGUGUAGAUCGCAGGAUCCUCUGGGCCGAACGCUGCAUGUGAUGUCCCUAUGAAAAGAGGUGGACACAAGAAUUAUUCCUUUCCCGGUCACAACCGAAGCCUCUCCCAGCCGUAAGCCCCACUACUUAUUCAAGAACGCAUACUUGCUGUUGAUUACCUACUCUGCUGUGCAGAUCGCAGGAUCCUCUGGGCCGAAUGCUGCAUGUGAUGUCCCUGUAGAAAGAGGUGGACACACGAAUUAUUCCUUUCCCGGUCUUAACCGAAGCAUCUCCCAGCCAUCACAGGAUUCUCUGGGCCGAAUGCUGCAUGUGAUGUCCCUGUAAAAGGAGGUGGACACGAGAAUUAUUCCUUUUCCCGGUCUCGACCGAAACAUCCACGAGCUCUACUUACCCGGAUACCCCCCUCACUCCGGGACGGGUGACAGACUAUCCUGGCUCUUGCUGGCCCCGUACAGGCACGAAUUGCUGACGACUCCACGCCUUCCCGGCGUCCGAGGUCUGGCUCCGUUCUGGUCGGAAGACACGGAAGGAACACUGAACUUUUAAAUUGCUUUUAACCAAAUAAAACCUUGUUCAUUUUUUUUAUACUCUCGUCCGUCUGGUUCUUCUGGUACGCUCCCCGAGGUGAUCCUGGGUUUCAGGGGUGGGUGCAGUCUGGCUUGGCCCCCCCGACCUGUGACAGAUUUGGCGUAGUCGGCAGGGUUUCACCUCGGGUUGAGCGACCAGGGAUUCUCAGAUGGCCGACGACGAGGCACUGGGGGCCCCACCCCGAGUCAUGCCAGUGUUCAUGGGAAACCCCUGGGUCCAGAAAUAUGGAGGAAAUGAGUCAGAGGUGCGCCUCUCCGAAUGGCGGGCUCAGAUCGAAUAUCUGGCCGGGCUACAGGGACUGAGCGCGACCCAACAGCUACAGUUUGCCCUCAACUCCCUUGACGGGGAAGCGCGGCGGGAAGUCCAAGCCGCCCCCGAAGCUGUCCGAACCACCGCCCAGUCUGUGUUCAGAUUCCUGACGGAAAGGUAUGGUGACGCCACUCCAACUGCGGUUCUCCGGGCCCAGUUCUUCAGCAGCAAGCAGGGCCCCCGCCAAUCCGUCAGAGCUUUCGCCCUCCAACUACGGGAGCGAGUUACCAGGCUGCAGGGACGCCCAGACCAUGGUCUCGGAGAUAGUGAGACUCUGUUGAGGGACCAAUUCCUGUUGGGGCUAAGGGAAGGCCCGGUACGCCAGGGACUUAGAGUCCAAUUCAGAAGGGAGCCGGAACUCACCUUCGAAGACCUAAAGAAGGAAGCGGUGGCAUUGGAGAACGAUCAGGUUGAGGUGCAAAAACCCCCUGUGUGUGCGGCCGUAAGUAGCUCCGCAGUGGCUGUCCCCGACAUGGCAGAGUGGAAACAGACUCUGAAGCUCGAACUCCUAAAGGAUGUCCGGGAGCAGAUGGCGGAGCUAACCAAGACGCUCGUGGACGAGCUGCGUUCUGAGGCUACCAGGCCAGAGGUGAGGCCCAUCUCGCGGGACCGGGUGUACUCGGACGGGAACAGGGACGCAGGGAGGCGACCUAACCGGCCCAACCGGCCCCAGUUUGAAUGGGACGAGCAAGGACGACCUAUCUGCAACCGCUGUGGCCAACCAGGCCAUUACAGCCGACAGUGUGGUCCUCGAAGAGGUUCGGAGGGGGGUUUUUAGGUCGACCGGCCACAGUGGGUCGUGUGGUCGGGACCCCCUUAGAUGACCCACCCAUCGGAGCAGGCUCCAAGGACAGGCUGGUCGGGCAUAGCCCAGUGGUGGAGGUCCAGGUGUGUGGUGUGAAGGUGCCCUGUCUCGUCGACACCGGAUCCCAGGUGACCCUAUUCGCGGAGAGCCUGUCGCAAGAGCUGUUUGGAGAUCAGAGGAUGCAUGGGACGGAGGCUCCCUGGCUCUCCCUGAAAGGAGCAAAUGGUCUGGACAUCCCCUACAUUGGCUACAGGCUGACGGACUUGGAGAUCCACGGAGUGAUCGUGCCCCAGAAGGGAGUGAUCAUCGUAAAGGACCACUGUCUGGGGAGUCACCGGGCCUUGCUAGGUAUGAAUGUAUUAUCUGCAUGUUGGGAAGAAUUGUUUCGGGCAACGCCCGCUCGAGGGAUCUCGCUGGCCGAACAACAGGAAUGGGAACG